AUGGGUCGGAAGCUUGACAUGGAGCCAAAAGCAGGCCGGCUCGUCAAAGCUAUCUACGAUUUCCCCACCGACGACGAAAAUGAAUUGCCACUGCUUAUCGGCGACAUUAUCCAGGUAAAAGAUCAAAUUGAUAAGCAGUGGUCGUACGGAAUAUGUGGAAACAGGCAGGGCAAUUUUCCUCUGGGAUUCACUUCAGAUGUCAGCGCGCCCUCCCUGACGGACAACCAGCAGCUCUUCGCAGUGACGAAUGAUUUCGCUGCCCAAGAAUCCGGAGAUCUUACGCUGAAGAGAGGUUCAUUAGUCAUUGGACAUGAGGCAUUAGAUUCUAAUUGGUGGAAAGGGGAAGUGGACGGUCAGCAGGGCAUUUUCCCUUUGACCCACGUUUGGAAAAUAGACAAAAACUCCCUACCUGUGUCUACGCCGGGUAAAAAGAUGUCUUUGAAAGCAAAAGUGAAGAUGAACAUGACUGCUCAACUUGAUGAAGAGAUGGAUUUAUUCAAAGAUGAUAUAGUGACUAUUUUUGAGGAGGUAGAAAAAGGAUGUUGGCCAAGCUUUGCUGAUUCUUCAAGUACUCCAACUCAUCAAAGUGAUAAUGAACCUUCUCAAUACAAACAAAGUAAGUGA